CCUCGGCAGCCAGCGCGCUGGCCAAUGGCGAGCGGAGAAACCGCCGAGCCUCCAGUCCGGGCGCCGCGGUUAAAAGACCGGCCGGCCACACCCCAAUCAAAACACGACGCUCUGCAGCCAACCGAGCAACGCCGAUCAUGACAACCUACACCGACAAGGGCGCCAAGCCAGAUGGAGGACGAUUUGUUCACUUUGAUCACAUCACUUUCUGGGUUGGAAAUGCAAAACAGGCUGCCAGUUACUACUGUACCCGGCUAGGGUUUGAGCCAGUUGCAUACAAAGGGCUUGAAACAGGAUCUAGAAAAGUUGCAGCCCAUGUUGUAAAACAAAAUAAGAUCCUGUUCCAAUUUGUUUCUGCAUAUGAGCCCAAUAAUGAAGAAAUGGGCAAGCACUUGGUCAAACAUGGAGAUGGAGUGAAAGAUGUUGCAUUUACAGUUGAAGAUCUUGACACAAUUGUAAAGAGAGCCAAAGAACGUGGUGCAGUUAUUGUUAAAGAUAUUUGGGAAGAAAGUGAUGAUGAUGGAAUUGUUCGAUUUGCAACAGUACAAACAUAUGGGGACACAACACACACUUUUGUGGAACGUGGCAAUUACAAGGGUGCUUUCCUGCCAGGCUUCAGGAAAGUUACAAGUAAAGAUGGCCUUAGUAAAAUAUUGCCUCCUGGAAGACUUGAUUUCAUAGAUCAUGUUGUUGGAAAUCAGCCAGAUCUACAAAUGGAAUCAGUUGCUAAAUGGUAUGAAAAGAAUUUAAUGUUUCAUAGAUUUUGGUCUGUUGAUGAUUCCCAGAUUCAUUCGCAGUAUUCCGCUUUACGAUCAAUUGUGAUGACAAAUUGGGAAGAAACAAUCAAGAUGCCAAUCAAUGAGCCUGCUCCUGGAAAGAAGAAGAGCCAGAUUGAAGAAUAUGUAGAUUAUUAUGGAGGAGCUGGAGUUCAGCACAUUGCUCUGAACACACAAGAUAUUAUCAGUUCUAUAACAAAUUUAAAACAAAGAGGGAUGGAGUUCCUAUCAGUUCCAGAUAGUUAUUAUAAAAUGUUGAAAGAAAGACUGAAGAAUGAUAAUGUAAAUAUCAUGGAAGAUCUUGACACUUUGCAGGAACUCAAAAUUUUAAUUGACUAUGAUGAAAAUGGUUACCUGUUGCAAAUAUUUACCAAGAAUAUGCAAGAUCGACCAACUCUGUUUCUUGAAGUGAUUCAGAGACAUAAUCACAAUGGAUUUGGUGCAGGCAAUUUUAAGGCCCUAUUUGAAGCCAUUGAAAUAGAACAAGCUGAAAGAGGAAAUCUCUGAUGUUGUGAUAGCAUAUGCAGGUUCAUAAUGUGGACAACUAGUGCACAUAUUACACUGAUGCAGUGUUCAUGUUCAUGAUUUGUAUUUAGAUUUCAUUUUCUGGAGGGACAUUAGUUACCUGUAGAGAAAAAAUUGGUUACAACCUACAUUGUCCCUCACAAUGUAAUAUAUAUACCACAUACUAAAGUAUCUUUAAACACUAUACUUCAAAAGUGAAAUGAUAAAUCUUUUGUAAUACUGGUAGAUUUAUUAAAUAAAGAUUUUUAAUUUA